UUUCCAAACCUCUGAGAGACGUAGAACCUAUGGUGGGAGGAGAGGAACUGAACAGAAAGCUUGGGCGGCAAGCUAAGUCACUUUGUUAACUAGACGGCGCUGUGCUUUUUGUCUUCUCAAACUUCUUUCAUUGACACUUCCCUUUGAGGAACAGUGUUUUGAGAAUAAGGACUAAUGGAGUUAGAAUCCAUAGAACUCUGUCCGUAUGAUCCAAACCACAGGAUACCAGCCAGCAGGCUACAAUACCAUCUGGCAUCCUGCAAAAAGAAAAAUCCAAAGAUAGCUAAAAAGAUGGCUAACUGCAAAUAUAAUGCUUGUCAUGUGGUCCCAAUCAAAAGGCUCAAGGAACAUGAGGCCAACUGUGUCAACAGGACCGCAGUGGAUGACGAGCCACUUAAUCUUCAAAAGAUCACUCACCCAAGUUUUGAAGGAAAUGAAAACGUCUGCAGUGCUGGCAGUCAGAUUCCUGACCCUGAUGUCUGGAACGUGGAUCAUAUGCAUCAUUUUCCUUCAUUUGUUCUUGAGACUUUUGCUCCAAAAAUGCUGGUUUGUGAAAGUGACUCAAGAGACCUACAAGAGGCUGUGGCUGAUAAACAUCCUAACAGCUACAAAUCCUGGGGAAGAGGUCAGAAAAACUGAUGGAGACAUUGAGAAUUAAAGUACCAACAGAAGUCAUUUUUAAAUCUUAGGAAAAUCUCAGCUUUUAGUAACUCUUGUCAUCUUAACAUGUUUUUAUU